ACAAUAUGACAUUUGUCCAGACAAUAUUAUGAGCUAAUAAAAUGCAAGAAAUUGUAGAAUUUACUAGCAGUUUAAUUUACAUUUUUAAUUCUGAGUUAAUUCUCAUUGAAUUCCAUUCUCUGUGUUUAAUUAUUUUGUGUUCAGUUGUGGAUGUUUCCUCUGUGCUGAUUGGUGCUGCUGUUGGAACUUCAGUAAUGAUGAUACUGUGUGGUAUAUUCCUGUGGUUAAGGAAACCGACUCCUUCUGGACGAGGAGAAGCAGCAGGACUCCACACGGUGGAUCAUCAGGAGGAAGAUGAAGAGUCAGUGUAUAUGAACAAAACCAUGUUAUCAGAGUCACUUCAUUACUCCACUGUGGUGUUUCCAAACGGAGCAGGAAGUGAAAUCAGAGGACUUUCUGCUCUUACUACUGACUACGCCACCAUCAGACACAGCUCGGAACAACACACUGAGGGAGGAGCUACAGGACCAGUCAUUAAGGAAGUCCAGGAAGAAAAUCAGACAAAGUCAAACAGUAAAGAGGAGGAGGAGGAGGAGGUAACUUACGGAAACCUCACAAGGGCAGACAACGAUGGAGCAAAUUAAUUUUGAUUUAGGUGAAGUGAACAAUGAUGUCAAUAAUGAUGUUAAUAAUGAAAUAAAACAAACACAAAUAGGAGAAAAAGAUUUAGGACACUUCUCAGAAGAAGCUGGUGGUUUUUAAACACCUCAUAAAUGUGAAUAAAAAAAUAAAAAAAUAAUUAAAAUUAAUUUAGUAUUUAAAAUCCUGUGCAGAUGUACAAGCUGCAGAGAGCUAAAUGUUCACUCAUUGCCUUCCUGUUGUAUUCAUUAGCUUAGCUUAAAAAAGAGAUAUAAAAAAAUGUAGAUAAACUAUAAGUGUAAGAGUGAUAUAUUUAUAUAACUGUAGUUAAUAAUAAUAAUAAUAAUAAUAAUAAUAAUAAUAAUAAUAAUAAUAACUAGAUUUGUAAAGUUCGUUUUUAUUUAAUGUUGGCUUGGAAUAAAGUAUUCCCAAAGGCCGAUAUGCUAGGGUGCCAAUACUUUUGAAGAAGAAUACCCGAAUACACUCACAUACACAAACACUCACACAAACACACACACACGGUAUGAGUUCAUACCCGAACACCUGUGACACAAUUCACCUUAUUGUGCUGAGUGUUUCGAUAUAUCACGCCAAUGUUGUGGAACUUUUUUUGAUUUUGCAUAUACUGGAGGCUGUGGGAAAACUGAAAGGCCAGUCGGUCCACCAAUUUAAACCUAUGUCCAGAGUAUCACCCUAAAGAAGCUGGCUGAGUUUGAGUUAGAUAGCUAGAAAGCUUGCUGAGUUAUAAACCUCUAAACGUUAUAAUGGGUGUCUAUGGCAAAAAAGACCACUUUGAGACCCGGUUCUGUGAGUACCAGAACUCUUAUCACUUAUCACUUAUCACAAACUUCAGACCAGGGUCUACGCCAUAACCGAUCUUGGUGCAUGUGACUCAAAAGCCCUAGAAGGAGUUACUCUGGAUACAUUUUUGUCUCCGAAGAAUCAGCAAAACGGAAUUUGUAUUUAACAGACGGUGUGAGGACAGAUGACCUGAGCACUCAGCUGUAUCAGUGGGACUUAAAUCCAUCUGUAUACAGCAGUGAUCACAUCAGUGUCCAUGUUGGAGUAGUGCCGGUGUCUCAGUCAUCUUACAUGAAAACGUGUCUCUCCUUAUUAAACACACACUUUUAUCACAUAAAGCUCUAAAGUUCUAAUGAAAGGCAGACAGACAGACAGAUAUAACAGAGACAGAAAGACAGAACUGAUUAAAUUCCCAUUUGUUUAAUGAUCUAAUGUUGAAUAAAUAUAAGAAGUUCUUGCUACACUCUCAAAGGAUGAGAGAAUGAGAGUUUAUAUGUAUUUUAAUACAAAUGGGGCAUUAUGUGAUCAGCUGAGGGGAGAUUUGUGUAGCCUCCAUCAUCCUGUAUGUCUCAGAGGAGGUGAUGAGCUGGAGACUCUGUGUGCUGUGGUCUGUGUUAGUGUUUCGUGUCAUGUAUGUGUUUAGUGUUUAACACAUUGUUUAGACUUUGUGUAUGUGUUAUGACUGUAUUUACUCUGUUAAAAAGCCUCCUGCUUGCUUUGUGCAAUUUAAAUGGAUGAAAGUUAAACAUGCUUUUAUUGUAGAACAUCCCUCAGAUGGACUGAUGUAGUAAUGCACACAAGACAUGUCCCUUUUUGUAUAACAUGGAUAUUAUGGUACUCUGGAUAAGGAUUAUUGUGUAUUAUUGCACUACAUCAUUAAAUCUAUUUGUGUAUGUUCUCCUGGUGAACUUUCCUGAACCCAGAGAUAAAAUCAGCAUUGUUUGUUUUCUGUUUUUUGUGUGUUUCAGUAAUUAAUGUG